CCCAGUUUAUAUAACCUACCUGGGCCGACGCCACUGCUAGAGCUGGCAUUUCAGUUCCGAGGAGCGGUCAGGACGGUAGUUUUGUGUCGACGUACCAGUACAACCCCUCGAAGGGUGUCAAAUAAGGGUUUUCUUUUCGGAUCGGGGAAAGCACCCCUUUCUCUCUCCUCGUCUUUCCUGAACUCUUCCUCACUCACUUCCUCUCCUCUACUACUGCUGACCUCCGUGUCUUUCGCUCGCUACACUUUUCUACUUUUGAUACUAUUCUCGCGGACCGCAGCUGUGCCGUUCUCUACAGGGUAAACGUGACCGUGACCGUGAUAGUGCGUCGUUGUGAUAUACUUUGUUGAUUUUGUGAUUCCGGUAGAUUCGUUUUAAUUACUGUUAAGUUUUAGAUUUUUUGAUAAUUUAUUUGUCUCUUGAAGGAUACUUCAGUGUUAUCUGUGAUCGUUGUGUAUUGUAUUAGGAGUUAUUAAGGUCAAAAUAAUUAUUUAUAAUAGUGCAAUAUUUAUUAAUUAGUGUUUGUAAUCAAAGCAAUUCGUAAACCAAAGUGUUUGUUUUAUAUAAUUAUAUGUCUUGUAAAGAAGUCGCAAAUAAUUUUAAUUUGUAAUCGUUAUCUCACGUGAAUCUAACAUUUCAUUAGGACGUUAAAUUAACUCUUAGACUCUAAUCUAUCUCUGACAAUCAGUCAAUGCCUCUAUCUUAGUCGUACUCGAAUCUAAUCUAUUUUCUAACUAAUCUUAACUCUUAAUCUUAAACAAUCACCUGUUGACAAUCUUAGACGUAAUCUACUUCUUGCCUUGACUUUUACACCGAUCUACUAAAUCUAUUCUUCUACAUCUUUACCUAGGCUAGUGCGAUCGUGCAAUAUCUUUUUUACUCGCACUUACUCUAAGGAUCCGUCGCCGAGCAGUCGUUGUCUUUUGUAAGUGAACUCGGAACCGGAAGAAUCGUGAUUUUUCUCUCAACUCCAUCAUCACGUACUACCACUCUUACUCCUUCCCCUCCCCCUCAUCCUACUAUACUGUACCCCCUAGCCCUUCCAACUUCUUGACGCCACAGGCCGGUAACACCGCGGCCCCAAACCCCUGUUCUUACUGCUGCUGUACCCAGUGUUGCGGCUGUGGUCUCCAGCUGGUCGCCCGUAACUCCGGACCGCUCUACCACCCGGUCACGCCGUACAUUCACCCCUCACUCACGUCCAUCUCCAUCGUGAACCGUUAUUCCAACCGUCAACUGGUGCUCAACAACCCCGCGGAGGACCAGCUCGCCCAGGCCCAGCAGAACGGCGGUGUCUUCAUAUUCCAGAAUGGUCUGCUGAACCGGCCGGCCGGCGGAUACUUGUACCACGGACACGGGCACGAGGAGCAGACGGCCAACACGGGGCUGGUGCUGUUGCCGGACGAGAAGCGUUGCCAGGACCUGCAGUUGGUGGUAGUAGGGCCUCAGGACAACUCGCCGAGUCAAGUGGACGACAACAUAGACAUGCGGGGCUCCGACGAACUACUCUCUCAGACCGGCGGUGCGGUCAGCAAUGGCGGGGCAAUGAGUCCUCAACCAAACCACACCGACAACAACAAUGACGCCAAAAAGGCGAAGUUGGACAAGUCGAACGGCGGGACGAAGCCGUCCAAGGUGAUACACAUUCGCAACAUCCCCAACGAGGUGACGGAAGCGGAAAUUAUCCACCUGGGCAUCCCCUUCGGUAGAGUCACCAAUGUCCUCGUGCUCAAGGGCAAGAACCAGGCGUUCCUGGAGAUGGCGGACGAAGUGGCGGCCUCGACCAUGGUUACCUACUUCACCUCGUGCAUGGCUCAGCUCAGGGGUCAUGCGGUGUACGUGCAGUUCUCCAACCACAAGGAAUUAAAGACUGACCAAACGCACAGCAACGCGAACGCGUCGGCACAGGCGGCAUUACAGGCAGCACAGGCCCUGUCCGCCGGCCAGACCGACACCCAGGGCGGCCCUAACACCGUGCUCAGGGUCAUCAUCGAACACAUGAUGUACCCCAUCACUCUGGAGGUCCUUUACCAAAUUUUCUCUCGGUUUGGAAAGGUUUUGAAAAUUGUAACGUUCACCAAAAACAAUUCGUUUCAAGUGCUUAUUCAAUAUCCCGAUGUGGUGACAGCUCAAGCUGCCAAACUGUCACUAGAUGGACAAAAUAUCUACAACUCUUGCUGUACCCUUCGUAUCGAAUACUCCAAACUAUCGAGUCUGAAUGUCAAGUACAACAAUGACAAGUCUAGAGACUAUACGAAUCCUUCACUGCCCAACGGUGAGACAGGUCUCGACGGUGUGUCCCUGAGUGAACAGCUGCUGCCACAGUUACUGUUGGGAGGUGGUAGCCCUGCUCUACAGGCGGCUAGGCGUAGCCUCACCCAGGGGGAUCAUACUCGGCUUGCAGGUGCCCAAGGUGUCCUGGCGUCGCCCUUCACGACCCUCCAUGGCCUCGGGUCUCCACUAGCAGCUCCCUAUGCUGGCUCCCCGGUUGGAGGAGGAAUCCCUUUGGCCGGUUUCACUACAUUGGGAGCAGGCGGUAAUGCAGCACUGGCUGCGGCAGGUGGUAUGCGGAUACCUGGUGCUAUGGCCACCACCUGUGUGCUACUCAUCGGCAACCUCAACGAAGAGGUCAUCACUCCUGAUGCGCUCUUUACUCUGUUUGGCGUGUAUGGAGAUGUUCAGAGGGUGAAGAUUCUGUAUAAGAAGAAAGAUAGUGCUCUUAUACAGAUGGCUGAGCCUCAUCAAGCACAGUUAGCGAUGAACCACCUGGACAAACUGAAGUUGUUUGGCAAGCAAAUGCGAGUCAUGGCCUCUAAACACCAAGCAGUCCAACUGCCGAAAGAGGGUCAGCCAGACGCUGGGCUCACCAAGGACUACACCUCCUCCAACCUUCAUCGCUUCAAGAAACCAGGUUCUAAGAACUACCAAAACAUCUACCCUCCAUCUGCCACCCUGCACCUGUCAAACAUUCCGUCAACUGUUGCUGAAGAAGACAUGAAGGAAGCCUUUGCCAAAAAUGGUUUUACAGUUAAGGCGUUCAAGUUCUUCCCGAAGGACAAACGUAUGGCUUUAAUACAGUUAGCUUCUAUGGAAGACGCAGUCGCAGCACUUAUUAAAAUGCACAACUACCAGUUGAGUGAACAGAACCAUCUAAGGGUAUCUUUUUCAAAAUCCAACAUCUAGAAACAUGAAGAAACUUGUCGUGUUUAUGAACUUGUUAUAUAGUUAUCGGCGAUCUUAAGUUUCUUCAAUAGUUUGUGUUGUUAUUUAAUUGAACUUGUACGUUUCCAGUAUUUUGUUAGCCAAAUAGUGCGGUCCGGUCCACCGAGACCGAAGCUUGCAGGGUUCACGUCGACUCAGGAUUAUUUUCCUUUAAGAUAUCAUUGACAUUUGUUUUGGUGACGUCAAUUUCAGUUGAGUGACUCAAAACGAAGUGGAGUGUUUGUAAAAAUAUGAAACAAAGGUUUAACUUUUAAGACAUUUUGAGGGCAUUUUCCGUGUAAUAUGGUUUACUUUGUAAAAUUAUUUUGUUACUUACAGACAACAGAUACUGAUUAGUUUCUAUAGGUUUUAUUAGGACAAAUGUUUAUAUUUAAAUUGAGUUUUCUACAGAAGGAAAUGUUGUGAAACAAAGCUUUGUUAUGGCUCGUAAGCCUCGUUGACCAGAGUUUGAAUAACUUGGAUUAUACAUAUCGUAUUUUGUAUGCAUUAUUUUACCUUUAGAAAGAUUAGAGCUUAGGAUAGAGAAAAGAUUGUAGAACUUAUUAAAAGAUGGGUCUUGUACCCGGUGUUUUUCCGAAUCUCCUAUAGCGUAGCGUGGAAGAAAUACAGUUUAACUGAUUGAAUUUAUCUUUUACGAGAUGUUAGAUUCCUUUAAUUUCUGUCUUAGAUUACAACUUUUACCUUGUUCAUUUCUCAUCUAAGUGUUUACAAAAGUUAUUUCGAUGUUCAAGCUCUGAUAAAUUCAUUCUUUAACACACUAAGUAGUUAUUGUCAACCAUCUUUCAUUGUAUCUGAAACAUUUUCUUUAGUCUUAAUUUCUUGUCCUAAUACCCUAACUGGAACAAACUCUUCACUUCCUAACUUAAUGAAUAUCGUAGCUUCUCAUGUCUGUGUGUAUGUCAGGGUAGUUCUAGUGUUGAUCCCUCGUCUUGGAAUCAGCACUAUUAUCAGGAUCAACAAAUUAUUCAAAUCAUCUUAUUCAUAUUUUAUAACUGUAUAAGUAUUUUGAAGUAUUAUUAAUAUUUUAUUGUACUUGUAAGUGCUUAAUAUAGCAACUAUUUGUUGUAAAAGUGGCAAUUUACCGGUCAGGAAGUAUUUACUAUUGGAAAGUUUUGUUUAAUGUAUUUCCCAAGUAUUUUGUACCUAUUUUACAAGUUCAGUAAAGUUAUUGUUCUAAUUUAUCACAACAAAUAGUUGUUAUUAUUUCAUUACUUUAUUAUAUUUACACUUAGUUGCUUUGCACUUGUAGUUUUUUAUAAUUUUAUUUAUUUAUUUUCUUUAUUAGUUGAUCGAGGGAAGCUUUUGUACAAUAGUUUAGUAAUGGUGGGAGAAGUGAUACGAACUCGUGUAUAGGGGGGCCAAGUAGCUAAGCUAACUUAACUGUACAUGAUUAUAUUUUGACAUGAACUGUAUAACUAUCAAUCAUUAUAUUUUGUGUAGUAAGUGCUAUCCUUUGGCCCUUUUAUUGUCAGGGUGAUAAGCUGUACAAAUAUGUAUGUUAAGAGUUAAUUAUAUAAAAGUUGAAAGUCAAGCUGAUUUUGUGGCAGUAUGUUUUUUCUAAACUUUGUUAAGAAUUUUGUAUAGCGAUGAUACAGGUAUGAUUUUUUUUAUAUUUUCUUUGUGAUUGGUAGUCAAAAAUAGUUAUGAAACUUCAAUUGGGUAUUAAAAAUAAGAAAAGGUUAAUCAGUUUGUAAUUGUAGCUCUUGAGCUUUAGGAAAGAGGUGUCAGAAAAAGUCAUCAGGAUUUUAGAAGUGAAUGGCGACGUAUCAUUUCUGAGAAUACUUAACAAUAAUUCAUGUCAAAAGCAUUUAUUGAAAUAUUUUUAUAUGUGUGAUAUGUUAAACGAUCUGAUUUUUGUACUCUUUUGUUGUAAUGUGACCAGUAUUGCUAUAGCUUUAACUAACAAAAUAACAAACACUGUCAAAUAUUUAAUAAUGAGUAAUUUCUCGUGCUAGAGAUGAAAAAAACAGAUCAAUUCUAUAACUUACAUCUGAAAUAUAACUGCAAAACAAUGAUGUUCUAUCCAAUAACUAGUAGUACGCCCUUACGCUUCAAUAUGAGUGUAUCUUCUUAAUCAAUGGCUGACAAUCAUAUCUUUGCCCUACUAUAUAUAUCUAUCUAUAUACAUAUAUCUAUUUUUCGACAUCAUGAUUCUGUCAAUGUGUUUUGUUCGCCAGCUUUUAGGGAGGUUACGAUGUGUUAAUGGAGAAACGUUGGCUAAUUUCUGUAGUUUAGGUGUGUUUAUACUAUCUAUUUACCUACAGUUGUUUAUAAUAUUGAAGUAGUAUUUAGAGUACAGGGUAGGGACGUAGAUUAGUACCCAAUUGCCCUUGAAGAUUAUCAAACUUGAAAUGUUUAUAAGUUUAUUUAGUAGUGUUGAAUUCGGACCAAAAAGGUACUCAUUGAAUGAUGAAUGUACAUUUGUUGAGUACCCGUAGGACAGGAUUGUUCGUUCGUUCUGGCAUUCAUUAUUUUAUUACAAGUUUAUCAUUGUUGUUUCUUGAAUAGGCUUAUAACAUAUCAUGUAAAGUAUUUAUUUUCCAUAAGGUAGGCAAAUAAUUAUUAAACAAAGCUUUUUGAAAUUCGGUUUCAACUGUGAAUUCCACUGUAAAGUUAUAGUUUCCUCUUUGAAUAGUAACGUAAAGAACCUACCCACGUCAAUUUAAUGCUCUACGAAAGUAGAGCAAACGAUAGAAACAGUUUUCGCGCAAAGCUUCUUUAAAACAAGUUUUGCCUUAAAUCGCUUAUCGCACACGCAGGGUAUUUUCAAGUUAACUUUUAAAAUAUUUAUAUUUUUCAACAUUUAAUACUUCUUUGUUAUAGCUGUUUAUUUCUGAUCUUAUUCUCUGUACACCUGUUUUUCACUUCUCAAUCUUUAUUUAUCUCUCUGUCUUGAUCUAUUCUGAUCCCUCUUUCCACUUCAAUUUUCUUACCUUAUUGUUGUAAAUAUUUAAGGUUUUUUUUCUAUUGUUUCAUUUUCUGUCAUUUAAAUUGUGUGUUGUGUGUGAUAUUAAAAUGUUUUUGCUGAUAAAAUGAUUAUUUUGCUUUGUGUGUUUUCUUUUCCACAUUUUUCUUGUUUGAUUUGCUCUUAAACAUCUAUUUAUCUGUCAGUUCAUACAACGUGGCACGUGCUUACUUUGUUUUGUACCAUCACAGCAGAAUUAUAAUUAUUGAUAUUUAAUGAGGAGUCAUUAUUGUAUUUGAUUAAAAAUAGUUGCACAUUUUAAUGAAUUGAACUAUUUUAAGUCUUAAUUUGAGUAAAAACUGAUUGCUUUGGUUAAUAAUAAUAAAUAUGAGAUCAAUAUGUUCCUGAAAACUGUUUGUAACAAGUAGUGUAUACAGUUAGUAAUUUUACUUUUGGCUACGCUGCUCAUACUGCAGUUCCUCACACCGUGAAGCGAAUUACCACUGCUUUAAGUAAAUGUAUCCGACACCCUGCAGUAUCUGCCGCUGUAAAACUUUUGACUGUAAAAAUGUGCCAAUCAACUUAGUAAUUUCGUCUAUUUAACUUUGUUAUUGCUUUUGCAUUGUAUUAUGUAUUUAGGUAGAAUUUGUUGCUUUAGUUGGUAACUCUUGACAAUUUCUCCCCCUCUCAUCACUGUGCCUCACAUCUUCUAUGGGAUCAACUUUACUCUAAAACCUAGGCUAACAUUUUCAUCAAAAAUCUUAUAUCUUUUUAUGGAAAAGAAAGUCAUUUAGCACGUUUUAUUAACAUUUUAAAGCAUCUUCAGGAAAAUAUGUUGUCUUUUAUCUGUAUAUCAAACAAGUUAGCUUGUAAUGAAUCAUAUAACAAUAUAUAUUAUAUAUAUUUCCAAUAUUAUUCUUUUAUAUAAAUAAUAUAAUACAUGAAGUUAUAUUAAGAGUGUUUGUGUGAAUGUGUGUUGACCUACUCUAUUCUGUAGCUGGCUAGUUAAUGUGUAGACUUAGAGGUGCAAAGCUUCCAGAUCACAAAGUUAAUCUUAUGUGACAUUAGUACAAGUAAUAGAAUACAUCAUUUGCGUUUGGCUGUUACUUUGAGGUCUUGGAACAGAUGCAAUUAGUUUGUAUUGAAGUGUACUUGACCUCAGAUACGCGGAUAAAAAUGUUUCUGAUUGAUUUGUGAUUUGGAGGAUCCAGCCCCACUCCUUUAGUCUAGUUUCUGUCUGCUAUGUAUUCUGUAACACAAAUUAUCAGCUUUCUUUAUAACAGAGUUUAUCUAGUAGGAACCAAAAUAUAUUAUCUUUCUUCUGCUAUUCUUCUUUUCUUUCUCUCUAUCUCUCUUCACAUCUACUUCCAUUUACAUUCCUUGAGAAUUUAUUUGGCAUUAAGCAAAAACAUGGUAUGAAUUUGAGUAAUUUUAGUGUUGAAAACAUUAAAGACAAAACAGCAGUAAAAACUGUGCGUUAUAAUUAUAUUUCAAACAAUCAUUCAAGUCAGUAAAUAGUAUCACAUAAUAAUUUUUGAACGUCAAACAAGUAUUUUAAGAUAAAGAAUAGUGAUUUUCCUUCCGGAUUUAUGUACUCAGUUGACAUCUUGUAAAUGAAAGUAUUUGCUUAAUGCUGAAGGCAAUUCUGUGCUGUACCUUCUCUCUCUUCUCUAGAUUUAUCUGCACGGAGCUCUGCUAAACUUCUCUUUUUCAGAACGGAUGGAAAGAGAUCCCAGUGUUUACAAAUAAACUGAGUAAUUGUUACGUUGAGUUGUAUGUCCUGUUUGCCCCUCUGUCGAUCCUACUCAUACCACUUUCUGACAACAUUAAGACUUUCUGCAUGUCUUAGUUCCUUAACUGUCCACAGAUUAACCCCCGAGUAGUUUCAAUUAAGAGCUACACGUUCGAAUUAUACUAUAUCAACUACUAUGAGAACAUUUUAUACAUUUUUAUAAAAGUAAACCGCAAGAAUGGUUGUGAAUAUUUAACUACAAGUUAUGCUAUUCGUUCACAUUGAAUAUUUACUAAUACUUAAUCUAAAAUGCGGAUAUCUCUUUAAAAGUAACUUACUCACAAUAUUUAUAUAGCGGUCAGUGAAGCAGUUUGUAAAUGAAUUUAAAAAACUCCUAACGGUUAAUGAAGUUUUGAUAAAUUUUUGGAACAGUAUUUUGAGACAAAAUGUUUGUUUUAGCAAGUGGAGAUGGUAGUGUGCCCCAGAUUUAGUACCUGUUGUCGCACCGAGGCUGAGGCAAGCUGCACAUGGGAAUGGUAGCUCCCCACUCUAGAUCUGUAGUGCUAUGGCUGGUAAAACAGCACCUACAGUCUUACGAAACAAAUUAUGGUUGAAUGUGCAAUCCACAUGGGGUACUAAAUCACUUAUAUUCUAUAAAUUUAUUGUUAAAAAUGCAAAUACAGUUAAUUUAAAUGAAAUGCAAUAACAUAUAUUUUGCUUGGUCUAUUUGUUGGUUUUUUCAGUUCACUAUUUUUUUAUUUCAUCUUUAAAAUAAUUAAAACUAUUGAAUUUAUGUUUCAGAAUACAAGUUUUACUGAUCACAACAAUUGUACUACUUUUCUGAUUUUUGUUGUUUGCUGUUAUAAACCAUAAAUAAGUGAAAUCAAACAGCAUGGAUUUACUCAAAGAAAAUUGGCACUGUAUAAUGUUAUCUUAAUGACACACUUGGUGAAUAUCGCAUGUUUAACCAUAAUUUGGUGCGUGAAGACUAUGGCAGCCCUCCAGUAGGCCACAGAGCGUGCGAGGAGCCCGUCCAUAUAACUCCCAUCGCUGUUUAUUUGCUUAUACCAAGUUAUUGUGUUCAUCCAGUGAUCCACAAAAAUGGUGCAUUUGUCGUUUUUUUAGUAUACUGUAUAUGUGUAAGGUGUCUCUAUAGUCUGUCCAAUGUAAGUUUAAUUUUCUUAUCAGUCCUGUUGUUUUCAAAACUAUUAUGAAGUAAAGCAAGUGCCAAAUCAGCAACUAUUCUAUUUCAUGUCUCGUCUAAAACUUUUGAUUCUUUCAGUUUUUAUUAUGUGUUUAUUGUGAUACUGAAUUAGAUAAUUAUAGAGUAUCACCAUAGUUUUCCAGUAAAAAGUAUAUUUUAAAUAAAUAGAAGUUCAUGUAGUUUUGAGGUUGUUAUUUUGAUGUGAUUUAUUGUAAAUAAGUAGGUAUUUUUGAAGGAUAAAUCGAGAAGACUCAAUUAAGAAAUAGGUCCCGUUUCCUGUGACUGAGCGAGUUUUAGACUAACUGUACUAGGAUGGAUCGUGUCACUACCAAAGUUUUGAUAGUGAAGACUUAAACAAGGUACAAAAUCGAAUUUAUGAGGUAUAAUUAGUUAUGUGUACCCACCUUUGCAAUAUUAUUUAUGUUGUAAUAAACAUUAUUUAAAAUUACUUUGGACAGAUUAUAUUUAGAAUAAGUAUUGCUAUAAUUACUAUUAUAAAACGAAAGUAUUAUGUAUUAAUUUAUCAUAAGGAUACAAUUUUUAAGAUCGUGGUGUUCUUUUUGUUUUGUAAUAAAAUAAUUACAAAAAACGUUUAUUUCA